AUUACUAUUAUCACGGAACAUUACGAGUCCUGUUAGUGGAAUCGGCUAUUUCUCAUUAGUCAAAAAUACCCUUAUAGCCUACUAUUGACUCUGUCCCCCCACUCUUUUUUCCUAUAUAAUCUCCCUUGCCCUUUUCUUAAUUUUCUCUAUUCCCAUACACACAAACACACCCUCUUUGUUCCAAUCGAAUUUUAGUCUUUCUAGUAUGGCGCCCAAGGAAAAAAUUGGUGCAGCGGCUGUGGGGAAAGUGAACGGAAUUUCGAAAGAGGUGCAUUAUAGAGGCGUUAGAAAGAGGCCUUGGGGGAGAUAUGCGGCGGAGAUAAGAGAUCCGGGUAAAAAAAGCCGGGUUUGGCUUGGUACUUUUGACACCGCCGAAGACGCCGCGAAAGCUUAUGAUUCCGCGGCCAGGGGAUUCCGCGGUGCUAAAGCCAAAACUAAUUUCCCUCAAUUAGAAGAAAAAGAGGAGAAUCUCAAUAAUUGUAAGAUUAACAAUGAAAUUAACAAUCGGAGUCCGAGUCAGAGCAGUACCGUUGAGUCGUCGAGCCGGGAUGGAUUAUCGCCGGCGGUUAUGGUUGAUUCAUCAUCGCCGUUAGAUCUCAGUGGGUUUAGAUACCAGCUGAAACAAACCAAUCCAUUCCGUUAUUCUCCAAUUUCCGGCGGAGGAUUCACCGGUGAUGUUCCGGCGGUGAAUCAUAUGCAUUAUCUGGAAGCUCUUGCACGCGCCGGAGUUAUAAAUCUAGAAAAAAAUCAUCAAAGGAAGACAGUGGAUUUUCUCGGCGGACACGGCGGCGGUAGUGGUGGUGGUGGGUUUCAGAGUGAAUCCGAUUCAUCAUCGGUUAUUGAUUUUAUGGGUGUCGACGUGAAACCAACCGCCGCCGCCGGUCUAAAUCUGGACCUCAACUUUCCUCCGCCGGAAAACAUGUGAAAUCGCCGACGUCGAUCGGAGUUAUUUUUUCGAAACAUUUCUGUUUCAUUUUUAUUUAGUGCAAUUUCCUUUUUAAUGUUUUCUAUUUAAACAGAAAAGGGAAAGGCAAAAAAAAAGAGUAUAUAGAAUUAGGUGAUAGUAAACGGAAAUCUGCCGUCGCCGUCGCCGGCGAAGAUUGAUUACCGCCGAUGUCAAUAUCAAGAAGGCUGAUCUAUUAUAAACUUUUUUUUGCAACAGGAAAAAAAAAAUCUAUUUGAUUUUUGCUUAAUACUGUUGUUUCAAUGAUCAUCCUAUAAUAUUAUUAAUAUACAUUUUUGCCGGUUUUUUCA